GCUGCCUCACAGUCAGUCACUCAUUCAAAAGUCUUUAAGGUUAGAGGAGUCCGCCUGCGGCACAUUUGGAGCAAGUGAGCUUGUUAAUUUACAUCGAGUUCAAUUGGAAAUUCCAACACAGACAUUUUCUUUCAACUUUGUUACAACAAAUAAUAAGCAGCACAAAAUGUUCCGCCUACCAGUUUCACUUGCACGCACCUCCAUCAGCCGCCAGCUGGCGAUGCGCUCCUACGCCAAGGAUGUCAAAUUCGGUCCCGAGGUGCGCGCCAUGAUGUUGCAGGGCGUCGAUGUGCUGGCCGAUGCUGUUGCCGUCACCAUGGGUCCAAAGGGUCGCAACGUUAUCAUUGAGCAAUCGUGGGGUUCACCCAAGAUCACCAAGGAUGGUGUCACAGUGGCCAAGGCCAUUGAACUGAAGGACAAGUUCCAGAACAUUGGCGCUAAGCUCGUCCAGGAUGUGGCCAACAACACCAACGAGGAAGCCGGUGAUGGCACCACCACAGCCACCGUUUUGGCCCGCGCCAUUGCCAAGGAGGGUUUCGAGAAGAUCUCGAAGGGUGCCAAUCCCGUCGAGAUCCGUCGCGGCGUUAUGCUGGCCGUCGACACCGUCAAGGACAACCUCAAGGCCAUGUCACGUCCCGUUAAGACCCCCGAGGAGAUUGCCCAGGUUGCCACCAUUUCGGCCAACGGUGAUCAGGCCAUUGGCAAGCUGAUCAGCGAUGCCAUGAAGAAGGUGGGACGCGAUGGCGUCAUCACCGUUAAGGAUGGCAAGACCCUGAUCGAUGAGCUUGAGGUGAUCGAGGGCAUGAAGUUUGAUCGCGGCUACAUUUCGCCCUACUUCAUCAACUCGUCCAAGGGCGCCAAGGUUGAGUUCCAGGAUGCCCUUCUCCUGCUGUCUGAGAAGAAAAUCUCCUCGGUGCAGAGCAUCAUUCCCGCCCUGGAGUUGGCCAAUGCCCAGCGCAAACCCCUCGUCAUCAUUGCCGAGGACAUCGAUGGCGAAGCCCUCAGCACCCUGGUGGUGAACCGUCUGAAGAUCGGUCUGCAGGUGGCGGCCGUCAAGGCACCCGGAUUCGGUGACAACCGCAAGUCGACAUUGACCGACAUGGCCAUCGCCUCGGGCGGUAUUGUGUUUGGUGAUGAUGCCGAUCUCGUUAAGCUGGAGGAUGUGAAGAUCAGCGAUCUGGGUCAGGUUGGCGAGGUGGUCAUCACCAAGGAUGACACACUGCUGCUGAAGGGCAAGGGCAAGAAGGACGAUGUGCAGCGUCGCGUUGAUCAGAUCAAGGAACAGAUCACCGACACCACAUCCGAAUACGAGAAGGAGAAACUCCAGGAGCGUUUGGCCCGUCUCGCUUCCGGCGUUGCCCUGCUCCGCGUUGGCGGCUCCAGCGAAGUGGAGGUCAACGAGAAGAAGGAUCGCGUCCACGAUGCUCUGAACGCCACACGCGCUGCCGUCGAAGAGGGCAUCGUUCCCGGCGGUGGCACCGCUCUGCUGCGUUGCAUCGAGAAACUGGACGCCGUCGCCACCCAGAACGAGGAUCAGAGCCUUGGCGUUGACAUUGUGCGUCGCGCGCUGCGCAUGCCCUGCAUGACCAUCGCCAAGAAUGCUGGCGUUGAUGGCGCCAUGGUUGUGGCCAAGGUGGAGACCCAGUCGGGUGACUACGGUUACGAUGCGCUGAAGGGCGAAUACGGAAAUUUGAUUGAGAAGGGUAUCAUCGAUCCCACCAAGGUGGUGCGCACAGCCAUCACCGAUGCCUCGGGCGUUGCCUCGCUCCUGACCACCGCCGAGGCUGUGGUCACCGAGAUCCCCAAGGAUGAUGCUGCACCUGGAGGCAUGGGCGGUAUGGGAGGCAUGGGUGGCAUGGGAGGUAUGGGCGGUAUGGGUGGCAUGAUGUAAGAUGUUAAACCAUCUCCCCCGCUUCACUUCUCUCCCCUCCACCACUCCCCAAACAACAACAAAUUACACAUAUAUGUUUAGGCUCAGCGAUGCACAACGCCAGAAUACGGGUCAGAAACACACUGGGCGAAGGCUAACUAAGGACAGAGAGACGACGAGUCCAUCACCAGCAUUCUCUUCCUUCCGGUGCAUCCGAAAAGCACACAAGAACACACACACAUACACAAACAGUCGGAGUGGUUAGCACCGCAUCCAACGAGGUUUUGUUUCGCAUUUAUUCCCCUUUCUGAGAACAAUUCUCGGCGCUCGGAUGUGCGAUCUCGUCUCUCUCUCUUCCCUGCCUACUCCCCAACACAC